UGGGCGUUAGAGUCAGGCGGAUGGACGGACCGACCAGAAAGAUGGGGCGCUUUCUAUUUAAGAGAAUCUUAAAAACAUCAAUGCGAUUUUAGAGGAGUGCAGUGUGGUGAGUGUGCGUAGCCGACAUAUCUAUUGCGGUACAAACUGAGGGAGAUCUAGUGAAUAGUUUUCCCUGCAGCCGCUACUGGAAGUCUCUGUUGUCGAGGUGAAGGACAGUCUGUCUCCUCGAGCAAAUACUGCUGGACCGAGUGGAUAGUGAAUUCGGAUAUUCAACUCGCAUUCUACAAUAUCACUCGUCCACCCGAAGCAACGGACCCCCUUACAGGAGGCCAGCAGUUCAACAGACAGAACCAUGGAAACUUCAGCAAGUGUGCCAAGAGAUUUGAAGAAAUGAGAAACAAUGGAACCAUGCCCCAUAUUUGUGAUGAAAACAAGUGUGAAGGCAGUCCCUCUAAAUCGCUAGCAACAUAUAUUAAAUCAACGCUACUGGACCAUGAAGAUGAUGAAAAAUCUAGAUUAUCUGUGGUGCAGAAUUGCAUUUCCACACCAGGACGGACUGCAGUAUCUUCAGGAAGAAAUUGCACUCUAAAAGAAAAUGGUGCAACUGAUAAAGAUGAAGACAAACUGGAUGAAAGCCAAGGGCCCAACAUGGUAAUCCAUGUUUGUGAUGAAUCCAAAAACCUGAAGCGUGAUUUUGUUUGUCCUCGGAAUCUACUAGUCAGUGAGAUGAAGUACUUUGCUGAGUAUCUAUCUGUUGAUGCACAACGCUGGCAGGAAGUAGACAUAUCGGUGCACUGUGAUGUCCAUAUCUUUGCCUGGUUGAUGAGCUAUGUGAAGAGGAAACUAAAACAUCAAGGACAAACUGAACAACCAGAAUUAGAGCCCAGUAAUGUUAUUUCAAUCCUCAUUUCAUCUGAAUUUUUGAAAAUGGAUUCGUUGGUUGAAGAAUGCAUGCAAUACUGUCAUAAAAAUAUGAGUGCCAUUGUAGCUACUCCUUGCAAUAUGAACUGUAUCAAUGGGACCCUGGCCUCGCGUAUUGUUGAUCUUUUCUCCCAUAAUGAAGCUGAUGAAGUAAAAGACAGAAAAGAUAAAUUUAAAAGUAAAAUAUUUUGCAAGAAGAUUGAGAGGUUGUUUGAUCCAGACUACAAGGAUCGAGACUCUCCAGCGGGUGCUGAAACGCUAUAUAGAUGUAGCAUAUGUAAGAAACUUCUUACCAAGGAAACUGAGAAAAUGAUUCCCUGUACUCCUGUAAAAAUAAAUAUUGAUCUUCGAGGAAAUAUAAUAUACUUGCACAUUAGAGAUAAAAGCUGGGAUGUGCAUGACUAUCUUAACAGUCUUUAUGAAGAGCUGAAGUCUUGGCAAGACGUAUACUGGCGUUUGUGGGGAACUAUAAAUUGGUUGCCUUGCACAAGAUGCAAAAAAGUUUUCCAAUGCACUGAACUCUCCCACUGCCAGUAUCACCCAGAACAAGUGAUGUAUCCUUCGAUAAACAAUCAGUUGACCACUCCAGGAAUUGGAUACUAUCCUUGCUGUAAGCAGAAAGUCCUACGAUUUGAUCCUCUUCAAACAAAUACUGGUUGUAAAGUACAGGAUCAUGUUGUCAAGUUACCCAGUCAGCUUCAAAAUGGUAAACUUACUUCAGGAUCAGUCAGCCAAGUGUACUAUGAUGUCCUCCAGCACAAACACGUUGUCUGUGUGCCAUUCAAUAAAACAGAGGAGAGCAAUGCAAACACGCAUCUUUCUGGCGAGCAGGACCUUGAUUUUGAUAUCUUAGCAGAGCCUAAUUCAUCAAAAGGACAGAAAGUUGGUGAUGUCACAACUUUUUCACUUUUGAAAAACUGGAGCUUGCAGCUGAAACAACAAAUAAUGUAUUCUGAAGAUGAAGAAUAUACCACAGGUUCAGAGGUAACUGAGGAUGAAGUGGGAGAUGAAGAAGAACUGACAAAGAAAAGAGGUACAAAAAAGAUUAAGAAAAUUGCCAACCAGACAAAGAAGUCAGCAGCAUCUCCUACUGCACAGAAAAAAGAGAAAGGAUCUCUCCGAGAUCUAUCUCCUUUCACUGUAUGUUUUCAGAAAAGCAAGUGGGACAGUAGUCGCUCAAUGCGAUUUAACCAGGACGCUCAAAGAGAGGAAGAUCAAAGAAGAAUGGUUGAAAUAAUUGGACAUCUGACAAAAUUAAGGUUUGGAGAAAAAAUUGAUCGCACCAAGGGAAAAGAAGCAAAAGAGUUUGCUGGUGGCAUUUACUGCAGGUUGGAGUCCCAGCUUAAAGCCUGUCCACCAACAUCAUCUCGUCAGAAUAAUUCAUCACAAAAUGCGAGGUCCAAAGCUCGCUUUUCACAGAUGCGUCCAACAUAGUGGAUUCCAAGAACUAACAAGGAUGAUUCUUUGAUUUUUUGAGAUGAUUAAUUGAUAAAUACUGAACUGCACCAUAAUUUAAAUCUGCAUGUUUACUUGCAUAAUUAAAUAUCUAUACAUGUACAAUCAGCUGAUGGUU